AUGGAAUAUUCGAAGCCUCACGUCGCAGAAAUUGUCGAAGCGAAGCUGCGGAAACUGCACGAAAUAUGGGACGAAGUCGGUUACGACGAGAAGGGGAAGCAAGCGAGAGAGGAGCUCGUCAAGAGGUACCUGCAGCAGCUGCUAGACGACAUGAUAUCCGAAGAAGAGGGCAAAAAACUGUCUCUCGUGAGAUCCAUCGAGAGCCUCCUGCAGGAGUCGUUCCAGCUGAGCUCGGAAGUGGGCGGGGAGCUGUCCGCGGACGACCCGGAGUACGACGAGCUGCCGCUGCUGGAGGUGGAGAAGUCGCUCCAGAGGAAGGUGAGCGAGUACCGGGCGCUCAAGCGGGACCGCCUGGACAGGUACGCCGCCCUCAGGCUCCAGGAGAGGGAGCUGUGUCUGGAGCUGGGCACGCGGCCCAGGGAGGAGUUCGCCGACCUCGUGCCGACGGAGGAGCAGCUCGCCCACUUCCGGGCGUACCUGCAGGAGCAGGCGGCCGACAAGGACGAAAUGAGAGCUUACUUUGCUCGGACGAAAGCAGAAGUGGUGAGAAUAAUGACCGAACUCGGCAUGACUCCGCUGCUGGACUUUGAGAAGAAAGUGUUCUCGGAAGAUGGUGCCGGGCUCGAAAUGACCAGAGAGAACGCGAGUAAGCUCAGGGCGCUGCACGAAGAGCUGAUUCUGAAGCUGGACUGUACGAAGGCGCUGGCUGCCGAGCUGAGAGAGAAACUGAGUGGGCUGUGGGAGACGCUGGAAGAGGACCGGCGCGUCACGGCGGGCUUCCUGCGGGCCCACCAGGGACACUCGCCGUGCACCAUAGAGGCGCUCAAGCGGGAACUGGCGCGCUGCCAAGAGCGGAGACGGCACAGCAUCAAGGCGUGCGUGGAUAAGAUCAGGGCGGAGCUGGCCGACCUCUGGGACAGGUGCUGCUUCGGCGAGCGCCAGCGGCACAAGUUCGUGCCCUACUAUCUCGACUGUUACACCGAGGACUUGCUGGAACUGCACGAGCUGGAAGUGGAGAGGCUCAAGAGCUUCCUGGAGCGGCACGCGGACGUGUUCCAGCUGGUGGAGAAGAGGCGGGAGCUGUGGGACGCGAUGGUCGACCUGGAGGACGUGGCCUGCGACAAGAAGCGGCUGUUCGACAACCGCGGAGGGCGCCUCCUGGCGGAGGAGAGGCAGAGGAGGGUGGUGCAGAAGGAGCUGCCCAGGGUCGAGGAGCAGCUGCUGCAGCUGGUGGAGCGCCUCAGGGCGGAGAACCGCGAGCAGUCGCUGCUCUUCUACGACCGGGAGCUGCCCGACUUCAUAGAGGGUCAGUGGAGGGAGUUCAGGGAGAGGAAGGCGCUCCGGAGGGCGGCGGCGGCGUCGCACACCGACUGCCGCCCCAAGAGGAAGCUGUGCGCGUCGGCGUCGGCGUCGGCGACCGCGGAGACGCCGACGGGCGCCGCGGCGCUGGUGCCCCGGGCGCUGUUCGGCGAGCGGCCAGCGGGGGCGGAGGGGGCGGAGGGCCCGGCCAAGAGGCGCCGGCUGCAGCCGCAGCCCCGGGAUCUGAUUUUGUGUGGAAAUUUCAGCUCCAAGAAGUAA